UCUUCGCUUCUUCAUUUUAUAUUUCACAAUCAUCACUCUUUACGGUUCCACUGUCACUCACUAUCCAAAGUUAGAGAUGUUUUCUCCGGCUUCGUUUCUUACCUUCUUUCUGUCGUAUCUUCUUUUGAUACAAUGCGUCGCCGGAGGAAACUCAGCCUCCUCGGUGCCGCCCAAGAUUGGCAAAGGCUACCGUCUGAUUUCCGUCGAGGAGGCCCCUGGUGGUGGCUUUGUGGGCUACCUUCAAGUCAACCAGAAGAAUGAUGUCUAUGGCCCUGAUAUCCCUUACUUGAGGCUCUUCGUCAAGCAUGAAACGGGUGAUCGGUUGAGGGUUCAGAUAACGGAUGCAGAUAAGCAGAGAUGGGAGGUUCCGUACAAUCUCUUACCGAGGGAUCAGCCACCACCAUUGAAGAAAGCCAUCCCGAGAUCAAGAAAGAACCCAAUAACAGUCUCGGAGCUGUCCGGCGCCGAGCUCAUUUUCACCUAUACCUCAGACCCAUUUGGGUUUGCUGUGAAAAGGAAAUCCAACGGUCAGGUUCUUUUCAACUCCAUCGCCGAUGAGUCUGACCCGUUUGGCCAAUUGGUAUUUAAGGACCAAUACCUUGAAAUCUCCACCAAAUUGCCCGGGGACGCCUCGCUCUACGGCCUUGGCGAAAACACACAACCGCACGGAAUUAAGCUGUACCCCGGCGACCCUUACACAUUGUACACCACCGAUGUGUCUGCCAUCAAUCUAAACACCGAUUUGUACGGGUCUCACCCAGUGUACAUGGACCUGAGGAAUGUCGGUGGUGAGCCAUAUGCUCACGCCGUUCUGUUGCUGAACAGCAAUGGCAUGGAUGUAUUCUACAAGGGAACCUCAUUGACGUACAAGGUGAUUGGGGGUGUUUUCGACUUUUACUUCUUCGCCGGACCAACACCCCUCGGCGUCGUGGACCAGUACACAGCCUUUAUUGGCAGACCGGCCCCCAUGCCCUACUGGGCUCUAGGUUUCCACCAAUGCAGGUGGGGUUACCAUAACCUUUCAGUAGUGGAAGAUGUUGUUGAGAACUACAAGAAGGCUAAAAUUCCACUUGAUGUGAUCUGGAAUGAUGAUGACCACAUGGAUGGCCAUAAGGACUUCACCCUCAAUCCCACCAACUACCCCCGUCCAAAGCUUCUGGCAUUCCUAGACAAAAUACACAGCAUAGGCAUGAAGUACAUUGUCAUUAUUGAUCCUGGAAUUGGUGUCAACUCAAGCUAUGGUGUCUAUCAAAGAGGUAUUGCCAAUGAUGUUUUCAUCAAGUAUGAGGGUGAGCCCUACUUGGCUCAAGUUUGGCCGGGGGCUGUUUAUUUUCCUGACUUCCUCAAUCCAAAAACGGUUGAAUGGUGGGGUGGUGAGAUUCGCCGCUUUCAUGAACUUGUCCCUGUUGAUGGCCUAUGGAUUGACAUGAACGAAGCUUCAAAUUUCUGUUCUGGGAAGUGCAAAAUCCCAGAAGGCAAGCAGUGCCCAAGUGGGGAAGGACCUGGUUGGAUUUGUUGCUUGGACUGCAAGAAUAUAACAAAGACAAGAUGGGAUGAUCCACCAUACAAGAUAAAUGCUUCAGGAUUGCAAGUGCCAAUAGGGUUCAAAACCAUUGCCACUAGUGCAGUUCAUUACAAUGGAGUUAAAGAGUACGAUGCUCAUAGUAUUUAUGGAUUUUCUCAAUCCGUUGCUACUCACAAAGGCCUCCAAGGGCUUGAGGGGAAGCGGCCAUUCAUACUGUCGCGCUCCACCUAUGUUGGAUCAGGGAAAUAUGCUGCUCACUGGACAGGUGACAAUAAGGGCACUUGGGAAGAUUUAAGGUAUUCAAUAUCUACCAUGCUGAAUUUUGGCAUAUUUGGCAUUCCGAUGGUUGGUUCAGAUAUAUGUGGAUUUUAUCCUGCGCCAACAGAGGAGCUCUGUAAUCGCUGGAUUGAAGUGGGUGCUUUCUACCCUUUCUCAAGGGAUCAUGCAAAUUACUACUCCCCAAGGCAGGAGCUCUAUCAAUGGGCAACAGUAGCUGAAUCUGCACGAAAUGCUCUAGGUUUGAGGUACAAAAUUCUUCCUUACCUCUACACGCUGAACUAUGAGGCACAUAUUAGCGGUGCUCCGAUUGCCCGGCCACUUUUCUUCUCAUUCCCUACUUACACCGAGACUUAUGGUCUGAGCACACAGUUCUUGUUAGGGAGCGGUGUCAUGGUGUCUCCAGUACUUGAACAGGGGAAGACAGAAGUUAAAGCGCUUUUUCCUCCUGGUUCUUGGUAUAGUUUAUUUGACAUGACUCAGACCAUUGUGUCAAAGGGGCAGUAUUUUACACUUGAUGCACCUUUGAAUGUGGUCAACGUACACUUGUAUCAGAAUGUCAUAUUACCAAUGCAGCAGGGUGGAAUGAUCUCUAAGGAAGCUAGAAUGACACCGUUCCACCUCAUAGUGACUUUCCCAGCUGGAGCCAAUGAAGGACAAGCAAAGGGAAGCCUCUAUCUUGACAAUGAUGAGCUUCCAGAAAUGAAACUUGGAAAUGGUUACUCAACAUAUGUUGAUUUCUAUGCAAACAUCAAACAAGGAAGUGUGAAGCUUUGGUCUGAAGUUCAGGAGGGCAAGUUUGCUUUAGACAAGGGUUGGAUCAUUGACACAGUAACUGUGUUGGGAGUGGGGGGAAGUACAGAUGCAUCUUCCCUUGAGAUUGAUGGAACUCCAGUGGCAACAACUGGAGCUUUAAGCAUAAAGUUCAACUCAGUGGAACAGAAUCACCUUCAGGAGCUUGAAGAUGGAGCAGGCGCUCAAAAGACUAUGAUGGUGGAAAUUCAUGGUUUGAAGUUCCCGGUCGGAAAGAAUUUUGCCAUGUCCUGGAAAAUAGGGACCCAUGGUUGAGAGUAUGAUCCUGCUUAUAAUAACAAAUUUUUUCCCUUGGAUGGUGAUGUUUUUUUUUUUGUUUUUUUUUUAUUGUGAGGGAGUUUCAUGGGAGAGCAGAUGAGCUAGAAGGAUGCUCAUCCUUUUCUAUGCAACUAGUAGAAGAGACUGAAGUUUAGAUUCCUCCGUUCAUGUUCCGAAGCUAUGUUUUAAAUUGUGUAAUUCCAAUUUCAAUUCCCAUUAAUAAAAUUAGCUUUUGUGU